AACGGUUUCGUUCUCCCUAAAAAGGAGAGUGUGAGCACACCGCCCCAAUUGGCCAAUUCCCUCUCUCUUCUCUUCACAAUUCAAAUUCCCUCCUCCAUUAUAUGCCCAAUUUCUUCUCCAAUUCCCUCAUAUUAAUUGCCGAGCAUAUUAACCAUAAUUGCACUCGUACUGAGCCUUUGAGUUCCAUCAUAUCGCCAAAUGGAAUUGGAAAACAUGGUUUCGCGUACCGGCCGGAAUAUGCAGCGGUACGACAAUGGUCGCCGGCAAGUCGUCGGGUGUAUACCGUACAGGUACAAGGAUACGGUUGCGACGUUGCCUUUUGAUGAAGAAUCAUCUUAUGAAGUUCUGGUCAUCAGUCCCCAGAGAAAAGGGAAAGGGAUGUUGUUUCCUAAGGGAGGAUGGGAAAUGGACGAAACAAUGGAAACUGCGGCACUGCGGGAGACCAUAGAAGAAGCAGGAGUCGUAGGUGACCUCGAGGGUAAACUGGGAACGUGGAACUUUGGGAGCAAGAGAAGCGGAAUUGCUUGUGAAGGGCAUAUGUUCCCAUUGCUUGUCAAAGAGGAGCUCGACUGUUGGCCCGAGAAGAAUAUCCGACAAAGGAUCUGGAUAAGUAUCGGCGAAGCAAGAGAAGUUUGUGAGAAGGGAUGGAUGGUGGAAGCCGUGGAAUUACUAGCGAUCCGGCUGACAAGGAUCGCUAGUAGUAGUAGUAGUAGUAGUAGUAGUAGUAGUAACCAAGCGAUGGUUAUGCCGUUGAGGUGUGGAGGACAAAUGCUACCUCCUCCAAUGCCGGCUUCUGCUGAGGAAGCAUAGUCUUGUCCAAUUCAAAGGGACAGGGAGGGAGUGAAUCUUAAUUAGAUUGUCUUUCUUUCAUUGUCUGACAUUUUGAUGGACAUGUCCAUGUCCAAGUAGCAGAGCUACCAAAUUGUUGUUUAAGAAUUAAGAAACAUUUAAUUUUUAG